AUGUCUUCUGAAGCGGAAACACAAAGCAAUUUCGUCUUUUCGGAUGAAGAAGACCGCCCAUAUAUUGCUAGCUCUGAUCUGAAUCCAAGGUUUCGCGUGGGAGAUAAAGUCUAUCUGCUAGGCUCCGAUGGAUCUCGUGACGGUCCUUACCUCGUGGCAUCGGUAAUUUCUCCUCACGAGUGUAUUCUUAGCCUCGAGAACGGGCAGACUGCCAAGGACAGCGAGAUAAUAAAAAUGGCGAAACUUGAGGCUGUAUGA